CUCAGAAGCUCAGUACAAUUAGGGACAGCACAUUACCGUGGCUGCUCACCAGUUAGAGAAAUCUGUAGCUAAUUUAUAAACCUUGUAUUAGUGGACAGACUAAAGGAACACCAUCUAUUAUAAAAACAGAGUGGUUGUCAUGUUGGGAGAAGCCUUCAUCAGAGUCUUCAGGUACAGGGAAGAGGAUUGUGACCCCCAUUCCACAAAGGCUCAGGAACAUCCACCACAUCCUGCCCCCAAUAUAAUUCUGACCCCAGUUUCAAUGUCAGGAAACAUGGAAGGUCUGGUGCAGUCUGAUCCUAGAGUGACAACCAGGCUCAGUGAUGCCCUCACCAUCCCCAAUAGCCACUGUGAUGACUAUGGUGACCUGGAGCUCUAUCGCUCCUGGUGCUGCACCACCUUCUGCAAAGACUACCCCGACCUGCAGCUCAGAGGGGACCAUGUGGGAAACAGGAGCUCAGAGAGCCCGCGGCUGGAGAAUGAGGGGUUCGAAGGACCACUUCUUCAAUCUCAGGACCUGGGAGAGCUGGAGGCCUUGGAACCCACAGGGCCUGUGGAGCCUAAGGUGCAGGUGGAGUCCCAGCCCCUGCAGGAUGAGGGUUGCCUGGUCAUGGACAGCAGCAUCAUCACCCUGAACAGGGAGCCUCUAUCCAAUUCCAUGCUGAAUGGCUAUCUGGAGAGUAAGCUGCUGGAGGUGUACAGACAGCACAUGCAGGACAGCCUGGCCCGGGGCAGCUCUCCCCUGGUCCAGACACCUCCCCAGGGCCUGAUACCAGCCCCAGUAAUGCAGCUCAGCCUGCAUCUCUGUCAGGACCAUGGCCUGGACUCCAGUACGGCCCAGAGCAUCGUCAUCCACUACCUUAGCACAUACACCGUGGCUAGCUCCCACUUCAGCUCCCCCAACCUGCGCAUCUCCAACCCUGAGCCUAGAAGAAAGCCCACCUGACUGAAACCAGCAGUAGUUUCACUUUGUCCUCCAACUAACAUACUUGAGAAUGGUCUACAGUUUUAGUUUCGUUUUCUCUGUACUGAAUCUGUAUACUUAGUGGUCAGUUGUAUUGCAUUCGGUUCAAUAGGUAAAUUAAAUUGAUAGUUUGGGAUGGAGAUCCCUUCAUUUUGUUGAAUUGUUAGAAGAAAUAUCUUUAGAAAAUGCCACAAUGUCCAUAAUAUCUACUUCAUAAAUGCAACCAGUUCCUAUAAUGUAAUACUUGGGAGCCUGAGACAAUCCCAAGCUUUCAAUUUGAAGGACAAAGAGGAGACAAACUGUAAGGUGAGGGAUAACUUAGUCCUUGUAAGCAUCUUGGUUCUUGUUUCUGAGAAAUGAUUCCUCACAGAUAUUGCAAAUCUGAAAUUAUAUUGUCAUAACCACAGACUAUUACUAAACAGUAAAAAAUUGCUAUUUUGCUAUCUUGGUUGUCAGAAAGAGUUGGAAAAUAUUGACACCUGCUGUCAUACAUAAACAUUGCAUGUUAACUGCAAGUGUCACAUAACAUUUUGACAAGAAAACACAUUACACACAUCGGUGUCCGAUCAACAUAUCAAGCUCUGCCAAAUUUGAAACGCUUUUUAAUCUUAGAUGCAACUGACUGAAUAGAAUACAUGAAUAUGCUAAAGCACUGAGCUAUUGCCGCCAUGUCUUGUGGAGAAUAAACUGGCCAUUUGAA